UUGGGCUCCAGGAAGCCUUCCACCUGCUAGCAUUCGCUUUCACACUUGCUGUGGGACCGCCAGUCUCGUCUCCCUCCAAAUGGACCCCAACUGCUCCUGCAGCGCUGGUGGCUCCUGUGGCUGCUCUGACUCCUGCAAGUGCAAAGACUGCAGAUGCAAGUCCUGCAAAAAGAGCUGCUGCUCCUGCUGCCCUGUGGGCUGUGCCAAGUGUGCCCAGGGCUGCAUCUGCAAAGGGGCAUCGGACAAGUGCAGUUGCUGCGCCUGAUGGGAGAGGCCUGCCGGGAUGUGACUAGCGCAACAU